AUGAAGAUCUCCGACAAGUUGCACCAGGCACACCAGGUGUCGUCGCGUCCGCCGCCGGCCACUUUUUCGUUUGAAUUCUUUGUCCCCAAGACGUCGCAAGGAGUGCAGAAUCUUUACGACAGAAUGGACAGAAUGUACGACUUGAACCCGAUUUUCAUCGACAUCACCUGGAACGCGGGCGGGCGGUCGUCGUCGUUGACGAACGAGAUGGUGUUGACGGCGCAGUCGACGUUGGGGUUGGAGACGUGCAUGCACCUCACGUGCACCAACAUGAAGAUUGAGUUGAUUGACGAGGCCUUGGAGAAAGCUUUCAAGUCCGGGUGUCAGAACAUCUUGGCGUUGAGAGGCGAUCCGCCCUUGGAUGGCAGUGAGUCCACGGGAGACUUCAAGUAUGCCAAGGACUUGAUCCACUACAUUAGAAAAAAAUACGGCAGCCAUUUCAAUAUUGGAGUUGCUGCUUAUCCCGAGGGCCACCCUGAAGAAGAAGACGAAAUGAGAACGUUGCAGUACUUGAAAGAGAAAUGCGAUGCCGGAGCAAAUUUCAUCAUCACGCAAAUGUUUUACGAUGUCGAUAAUUUCAUCUCGUGGUGUGGGAAAUUGAGAAAAUUGGGAGUGGAAAUUCCCAUCAUCCCUGGUAUCAUGCCCAUCUCGACCUAUGCUGCAUUUAUUAGAAGAGCCAAAUGGUCCGAGAUCAAGAUUCCUCCCCAUUUUUUGUCGGCGCUUGACCCGAUCAAGGAUGACGAUUUCUUGGUUAGGGAAAAGGGCACCGAUUUGGUUAGUGAGAUGUGUCGGAAAUUGAUUGACUCGGGCCACGUUAACCAUUUGCAUUUCUAUACCAUGAACUUGGAAAAGGCCACCGUGAUGAUUUUGGAAAAUUUGAAUCUCAUUGAAGCGAUCAAAUGCCACGAGACUGUUGGGGGAACUGAAUUGCCAUGGAGGAAAUCUUUACACCCAGAACGGUCAAAGGAAUCCAUUCGUCCAAUCUUUUGGCAAAAUAGAAAAUACUCGUACGUUUCCAGAACCGCCACGUGGGAUGAGUUCCCCAAUGGUAGAUGGGGUGACUCGAGAUCACCGGCGUUUGGUGAUAUCGACUUGUGUGCCUCUGAAUUGUUGAGACAGUCCCCCAAAAGAGCAUACGAGUUGUGGGGUACUCCCGGAAGUUUAAAAGAGUUGAGUGACAUUGUCAUUUCGUACUUGAAAGGAGAAUUGAACUCUUUGCCGUGGUCGGAUGGUGCUGUGGGUGAGGAUACAAAAGUCAUUGUCGACGAUUUGAUCGAGUUGAACAAGAGAGGGUUGUUGACCAUGAACUCGCAGCCUGCACUCAACUCGGUGAAAUCGUCAGAGCAAGUGUUUGGAUGGGGGCCCAAGAAUGGAUACGUUUACCAAAAGCAGUAUUUGGAAUUCUUUUGCCACAAGAACAUCAUUGCAAAGUUGCUCCAGGCGAUUGACGAGUUCAAUACCAACCAAGGAGAGUCGUCGUCGGCAAUCAUCUCCUACUACGCCGUGGACGUCCAUGGAAACUUGACCACCAACUGCAACGACGACGAUAUUAACGCCGUCACUUGGGGUGUAUUCCCAGGCGAGGAGAUAUUGCAGCCCACCAUCGUUGAAAAGACCUCUUUCCUUGCCUGGAAAGAUGAAGUCUACAGAUUGUUUUCCGAGUGGAAAAAAGUCUUGGCGUCAAACUUGGUCGAGGCAAAAGACCAGGCCAAGCUCCAGCUGUUUGAAAACAUGAUGACUGAGUUUAGCCUGGACUUUGUCUUGUGCAACUUGGUCAAUAACGAUUUCAUAGACUCAAACUCAACAUUAUUCAAGUUGAUCUACGACUUGAAUCUCGACGUGUUGGCAUAA